CACCCACCCGGGCCUCUGAGCACCCUAGACACCCACCUGGGCGCCCCAGACACCCACCCGUCGCCCCAGACACCCGCCCGUCGCCCCAGACACCCGCCCGUCGCCCCAGACACCCACCCGGGCACCCCAGACACCCAGCCGGGCACCCCAGACACCCACCCGGGCACCCCAGACACCCACCCAUCGCCCCAGACACCCACCCGUCGCCCCAGACACCCAUCCAUCGCCCCAGACACCCACCCGUCGCCCCUGACACCCACCCGGGCACCCAGACACCCACCCAUCACCCCUGACACCCACCCGGGCACCCCAGACACCCACCCGUCGCCCCAGACACCCACCCGUCGCCCCUGACACCCACCCGGGCACCCCAGACACCCACCCGUCGCCCCAGACACCCACCCGUCUCCCCUGACACCCACCCGGGCACCCCAGACACCCACCCGUCGCCCCUGACACCCACCCGGGCACCCCAGACACCCACCCGUCACCCCUGACACCCACCCGGGCACCCCAGACAGCCACCCAUCGCCCCAGACACCCACCCGUCGCCCCUGACACCCACCCGGGCACCCCAGACACCCACCCGUCGCCCCAGACACCCGCCCGGGCCUCCGAGCACCCGCCCCGGGCGCGAUGAAGGCGGCGAGCUGGCGCGGGGGGCGCGGCGGCUGGGGAGGCGGCGGGCGCGGCGGGCGCGGCGGGGGCCGGGGCGGCGGGGCGCGGGGCCGGGGGCGCGGGGGCGGCGGGGCGGGGGGCGCGGCGCGGGGGCGGGGGCGGCGGCGCAGGAGCCCGCGGGUGGCGGCGGCGGUGGAGCCGCACCGGCACGAGGGCGUGUUCCUGUACCGCGGCGCGGAGGACGCGCUGGUCACGCUGAGCCUGGUGCCCGGCCAGUCGGUGUACGGCGAGCGGCGCGUGUCGGUGGGCGAGGGCGGCGCGCAGCUCGAGUACCGCACCUGGAACCCGUUCCGCUCCAAGCUGGCGGCCGCCAUCCUGGGCGGCGUGGGCCACAUCCACAUCAAGCCGCGCGCCCGCGUGCUCUACCUGGGCGCCGCGUCGGGCACCACCGUGUCGCACGUGUCGGACAUCGUGGGCCCCGACGGGCUGGUGUACGCCGUGGAGUUCUCGCACCGCGCCGGCCGCGACCUGGUCAACGUGGCCGAGAAGAGGACCAACAUCAUCCCGCUGCUGGAGGACGCGCGCCACCCGCUGCGCUACCGCAUGCUGGUGGGCAUGGUGGACGUGAUCUUCGCCGACGUGGCGCAGCCCGACCAGUCCCGCAUCGUGGCCCUCAACGCGCACACCUUCCUGCGCAACGGCGGCCACUUCCUCAUCUCCAUCAAGGCCAACUGCGUGGACUCCACCGCGCCGGCCGAGGCCGUGUUCGCCUCCGAGGUGCGCAAACUGCAGCAGGAGAACCUGAAGCCGCAGGAGCAGCUCACGCUGGAGCCCUACGAGCGCGACCACGCCGUGGUCAUCGGCGUCUACCGGCCCCAGCCCAAGGGCGGCGGCAAGUAGGGCGCCCCU